AUGGUCAGCUCUUUAGCGGAGUUGGUAUUGUCUCGUAAUCAGUUGAGUGGUUCAAUCCCUCCGGGCUUGUUUAAAUAUGAAAAUCUCACUCUGCUGGAUCUCAGCCAGAAUAACCUGACUGGUGUUGUCCCAGAUAACUUCACGAGUCUCUCCAAGCUCGAGACUUUGCUCCUUUCAGACAAUUUACUGACUGGGGAAAUACCAGCGAGUCUGUCGAAUGUGACAACGCUGACUAGGUUUGCAGCCAACCAGAACGAUUUGCUCGGUUCGAUCCCCCCUGGUGUUACCAAAUAUGUGAAGAUGCUGGAUUUGAGUUACAAUGAUAUCAGUGGGAAUAUCCCUGCGGAUCUCUUCUUUGGUAUGAAUUUGGAGACGAUUGAUCUCACAAGCAACAAUCUUGAAGGGUACGUUGAUGCCAAGUUUUCUAGAAGUCUCUACCGCCUUCGUCUUGGUACAAACAAGCUCAGUGGGGAAAUCCCAGGCACGAUUAGUAAUGCCUCAAACUUGGCCUAUCUUGAGUUGGACAACAAUCAUUUGGAGGGCAAUAUCCCCCUUAACCUUGGUGGAUGCAAGAACUUGACCCUUUUGAAUCUGGCAUCAAAUAGGCUACAAGGUCAAGUGCCAAAUGAGAUUGGCAACCUUAACAAUCUGGUUGUUCUGAAGCUUCAGAUGAACAAUUUAAGUGGAUCUAUUCCAAGUACUUUUUCCAAUUUCAUAAACCUGAAUGCAUUGAAUCUUAGUUACAACUCAUUCAGUGGUUCUAUACCAGAUGGAAUUAUGAAGUUACAAAAUCUUUCCAGCAUGAAUUUGCAAGCCAAUAAGAUUGACGGUGUGAUUCCAAAUUCAAUCUCAUCGCUGAAGAUCCUAAUCGAGCUGAACCUGGGGAACAACCUGCUAACAGGCUCCAUCCCUGAAAUGCCAGCCAGCUUGAGUACAGCACUUAAUCUUAGCCACAACCUUCUCAGCGGGAAUAUUCCUUCAAAUAUUGGCUUUUUAAGGGAACUAGAGAUUCUUGAUCUUUCAUACAACAACUUGUCAGGUCAGGUACCAUCAUCAUUUGUGAAUCUUAAUAGCUUGACAGAGUUGGUUCUUGCUUAUAACCAACUCUCUGGGUUCCUUCCGACACUUCCUAAACAUGCGGCAGUCAAUAUCACUGGAAAUCCUGGACUUACAAAUACAAAUAGCAAUAAUAUGGACACUGGUAGUAAGAAAAAAAGGCCCACUAUUCUAAUAAUCAUCAUUGCUCUGGCUGGUGCUCUUAUGGGAUUGUGUUUGCUUGCUGUUAUUGUUACAUUGUCAUUGUCCAAAAAGGUUUAUCGUAUUGAAAACGAACAUUCACCAGCUGAAGAGGGUGCUGCUCAAAUCAUCAAUGGCAGCUUCAUAACUUUGAACAGCACUGACACCACUACACUUGAGUACAUGAAAGAAAAGCGGGAUGACUGGCGAAUCACACCUUUCCAAGCUCUGAACUUCGAGGUUGCUGACAUACCUCAGGGACUAAGAGAGGAGAACCUCGUUGGCAGUGGUGGCUCAGGGCAUGUGUACCGCGUCACAUACACCAACCGGUACAACAGCAGAACCGGGGUGGUUGCUGUGAAGCAAAUACGAAGCUUUGGGUCCCUGGACGAGAAGCUGGAGCGUGAGUUUGAGUCCGAGGCUCGCAUCCUAUGCAACAUCCGGCACAACAACAUUGUCAAGCUGCUGUGCUGCCUCUCUAGCGCAGACUCCAAGCUCCUUGUGUGUGACUACAUGGACAACGGCAGCCUGGCCAAAUGGCUCCAUGGCGACUACAUCCUCCGUGCAGGGAAUUCUUUGGCGAUGGCACGGCCCGUGCAGCGUGUGCCGUUGGACUGGCCAACAAGGCUCUUAGUGGCUGUUGGGGCUGCGCAGGGCCUGUGCUACAUGCACCACGAGUGCUCACCACCCAUAGUUCACCGAGACAUCAAGACGAGCAAUAUCCUGCUGGACUCAGAGUUCCGGGCUAAGAUCGCAGACUUUGGGGUGGCUAGAAUGUUGGUCAGGGAAGGGGAACCCAAUACGAUGUCUGCCGUGGCCGGAUCAUUUGGCUACAUGGCUCCCGGUAAAGUUCUGCUUUUUGGUUAUUUCGGCAAAUUUCACUCGUUUUGCCUCAGUAUGUACAGUAACUGGGAUAGUAGCUACGAUAUCACAAGUUCUACUAUUGCUGGACCUUAUGCUAUGAUUCUUUCAUGUUUGUCUGCAGAGUAUGCUUACACUAGGAAGGUGAACGAGAAGGUGGAUGUAUAUAGCUUUGGGGUCGUUCUCUUGGAGCUCACAACAGGCAAGAAGGCUAAUGAUGGCGGCGAGCUUGGUUGUCUGGCAGAAUGGGCUCGCCACCAUUACCAAUCAGAGGCGAGCAUCCUCGACGUAAUAGACAAGAGCGUCAGAUAUGCAGGGUAUCCUAACGAGAUUGAGACGGCGUUCAGGCUAGGCGUCGAAUGCACCGGCAUCUUGCCAUCGCCACGGCCGACUAUGAAGGACGUGCUGCAGAUUCUGCUGAAGUGCAGUGAGCGGACGCUCCGGAAAUGCAGAAUGGAGUGUAGCAUGGAGUUUGAAGCAGCUCCAUUCCUGCUGCUAUAG